UGCUGUCAUGUGGAGCAAUAGAAACAUUCCACAUUUGCCAAAUGUGAAGUAUCCUGUCUACGAAUUCUUUUGGAGUUAUAAAACAUGGGUUUCACUCAUAAUCGCUGUGCUAUUUCCGCAUAAACCAACCCUUCAAGCGGAGAUCACCGGUCCUGAUCAAAAUAUUUUAACGCUAGACGAAGGAACACUUGUUAAUUCAGUUAUCUGUUACACUGAAUAGACAUAAUUGAAUCCGUCUCUUUCUCUCUCUCAGUAAGACAGAGAUGAUUUUGAUGUUUGAGAAUGGCGUGGUUUGGUGAAAGUUUUGCAAAUAUCAAAGGACAAAUCAGCAACUUCACAAAGGAAGUUUUGGCAGAGUCUCCGGAAGAUGAAGACGAAAUCAACGAUGGUGGGGAAUCGUCUGAACUAGCUGCAACAAAAAAGGCUUUCGCAGAUUUGCAGGAAUUUUGCGCAAAACAGAAAAAAGAGAUUGAGCAGUUGAAAUCACUGUCGGAUGGAGUGCCUAAAGAUCAGACAAACGCCGACGAAUUUCAUAGUGAGCUAGCCAAGGAAAAGGAAACGUUUGAAAAACAAAUUGGCUUCAAAAAUGAUGAAAUUGCAAGACUGCAUCGUUACGUGGAAGAACUUGAGAAGAAUGCAGAAAUCCGGCUAAAUCAGAAAAUACAAGAGAUUCAAAAGGAAUAUGAAGCCAAAACAUGGGUCACGGUUGAAGCAGAACUGGGCAACCAAGCCGAAGCAGCAGCCCUUCUUGUGCCAGAACGGAAUGUCGUCACAAGUGCUGCUGUGUCUGUCCAAACAGAGGAAAGACUACCCUUCUUGGAGUUUUCUGAUGCUGGGACAACCAUCGAGGCGGGUGACCUCAGCGAGGACGACCAAACAACCAAUGCAGAGGAGGAAUCAUAUCGAAAGGAAUUGGAGGAAAGAUGUGCUGCUUAUCAGCAAGAUUUAUACAUCCUUCGCGGUGAGUUGAUGACCAUUCAAUCUGAUGCUGAUUCCGAAGAGGAGCUUCGUGCAAAGUUCAACGAAGACGUGAUAACCAUUUUAUAUUCCGAUUUUCCCAUUGAUGGGCAUCCGGCUCUGUCCAAGCUCAAACAUUCCAGACCGGAUUCUACCAGAGCUGGUGAAACGGUUAUUUUGGCAGCCAUUCGACAAUUGAGUUCUGUGUGGCGAAGUAUCAUUGACCAAAAAACUACUUUGGAAAGGACGGUAACAAAACUGUCAGCUACUGCAACGAGUCACCAACUACAAAUUCCCGUAACUCUAACCACGAAUGAGGAUGAUACCGUUGAUUUGUCGCCACUGGCGGAAGAGGAACUACGACCUCAACCCAGAGACGAAGAUUCUUGCGAUUCUCAAGAUUUUUUUCCACCCAGACUGGACUCGUUUGGUCUGGAGACGAUAUUAGAAGAGGAAAGAAAUGAUGAGGACAGCAAGCAUGAAAGCGACGAUGUAGAUUUUGUACACAGGUCAAAAACCUCCAGCGUCGAAGUUCCGUCCAGACCAGAGACUUGUAGCUCCGAGACCCAGACGACGGAAAACAUUGGCAAUGUUGCUGAUGUCUUACGAGCAGAAAUAUUAGCCACACUAGAGGCUGCCUAUUCUGCUAAAGCCAACGAAUUAAACGGAAUUUCGGAACAACGACAAGCCAAAAUCCUUAGAUUGGAAACCGAACUGGAAAGAUUAAAGAAUCAUUUGAUGGAAAUGGAGGAUCAACAUACUGGAGAAAUGCUUGUCUGUGAAGACCAAAAGAACGAGCUAGAAAUUCAACUAAAUACUUUGCAACAACAAGUUUCUCGAAUGAUGCAACAAAGUGAGCGAAGCACUGACGUCAAAGACGAAAUUAUGCGAUUGGAAUCCGAAAAUUCCUUUACCAAGGCACAAUGUAGUUCAUUUGAAGACCAAGUUCAUAAACUGGGCACACAAUUGCAAAACCUGAAUUUCGUACUGGAGCAGUUUCAAAAAGAGAAAGCAGCAGAGAUUGACGAGAUUAGGCAGCAACUGCAGGCCGAAAUUGGCAGCCUCCAUUCCGCAAAUAGGAACUUGAUCGAGGAGCUGAAACAAGAAAAGGACCUGUUGGCUAGAGCAAAAUCCGGUCUUUUCGCUGCUAGUCAAUUAAAUGUUCAGAUUGAAGAGAAAUCUCGUGCUGUCUCCACUCUCAAAAGUCAAAUACACGAGAGAGAGGCCGAAAUGGUAAAGCUGAAAUCCCAGUUGGACGAGCUGUCGAAUAACAAUGUGGCUAAAAUCGACCGGUACCUUGUAAAGAAUCUGGUCGUAGGCUACUUUUCAACGCCGCCGGAUAAAAGGCAGGAAGUUUUGAGGAUUAUUGCCACAGUGUUGGAUUUUAACCGAGAGGACAGGCAAAAAACUGGGCUAGAAUCUACCUCAUUAUGGCCAUUCAGGUCUGAAAGUGCUACCGCUGGAGACAGUAAUCAGAGUCUGUCGCAGGCGUUCAUUAAGUUUCUGGAGAGAGAGUCAUUAAGCCAGCCGAAGGCUCAAAUUAAAAUCUCGAUGGAGGAAAUUGCAAAGAAACAUUCGAGAACCCCCUCGGAAUCUAGCACGGCUUCCGGAUCAAACCAGUCAUCCAGUCCACAUCCGUCGGAAAUUUCAAUGACAUUGCCCGUGCUAAACCAAGCUGAUCGAAGUAACUCUAUUUUGAAAGAUGUGUUAAAUCCAAGAACAUAGCAGAUAACACACUAAUACAUAUAUUAAGUUUAUAAUGCAUAGUGUAAAAAUAUAGAUCAUAAUUUUGGUAAUGAAUUACAGAUAGUGUUAAUAAGAUAAAUCAAAUAUGUUAGAUAAAUAAUUUUAGCCAUCUUCCCAUGAUAACGUUCCUUCAAAAAAUACAUUGAUGCAAUUUAUUGUGACCUGAGCGAAGAUUAAUUUAUAAUGUCCAUGUAAUAUAUUAUAUGUGUCCACUUUUACUCCAAAGACAUAUCAGUAUGAGAUGCAUAAUAUGUGUUGCCAAAAAAUAAAAGAAUUAUGCUUUAAAUAAAUUGUGCACUUGACAAAUCCA